AUGGACUUUGGUAUGGUCCAAAUGACAUCUCUAGAAAGUUCCUCUCCAUCAGUAUUUGGUCAUAUUGGUUCAAAGCCUGAGGGGUAUGGGGAAAAUAUAUGUGUUUUGAUCUUAAAGGCCACCAGAACAUUAUAAGCUAUUCUCGUUAUGUGUCAGAAAGAGUUUUUACCACUCUAACUCACAUGCUCUUUCUUCUCUCCUGUCUCCUCCAGAAUUAUUACCAAAAUAAGUUGAGACUGGCUCUGAUUGGCCAGAGCCUGUUUGGACAGGAAGUGUACACCAACCUACGGAAGCAGGGCCAUAAGGUGGUGGGCGUGUUCACUGUGCCAGAUAAGGAUGGCAAGGCAGACCCUCUGGGUAAGUAUUGACACACUGGUGAUGACUGGAGGGGGAGUCACUCUCUCUCUCUUCUCCAUUCUUUCCUUCUCUUCCUUGGUCCCUCUUCCCCUCUUACUUUCCCUCUUCCUCAUGCCCUCUUUUUUUUGGGGGGGACACAAGUUAUCAUGACUCAGUGAAUGAAUAUUGCAGCAAAGCAUUAGGGAAGUGUAUGCUUACAUCCUCACCAGAGCAUGGCCACCUCUUCACAUUGUUACCAUCUGCAUGGCCUCAGUCAUGAUCCAGUACGUCCUCUCCCAGACUCCCACGGUCUAACUGAGUUAGUGGAGUUUGUGUAAAUGAUUACUCCCAGUCACUUUUCUAAAUGAGAUGUAAUGGCUUCAGUGGUGUCCCUGAUGAUCUGAGGCGGAAGCCCCUUUAGCCCUGGGUCUCUCUGGGUCAGGAGAGGACUGUCCCUGUCAGCGAGGGAGGUAGAUCCGUGUUGACUCUGUACGGCUCCUGCACAAAGACAGGCCUUCAUGCCCAGCGUUAGCCCCGGGACUGUGGGCCUAUUGUUUUAGUAGGGAGAGGCCCUGAGUCGACCCAGAGGAGCAGCAGUGAGGUGAAAAGUCUGCCGCCAUCUGUUGAUAUGAUGCAAAUUAUUUUACCCAGCAUGCAUCAGCUGGGACGGCAAGGGUCCAUUUUCUGUGCUUGUCCCCCUCUCUCUUUCUUUAUUCUAUCUCUGCUCUGCUCUAUCCUCUCUCUAUAGAGAGAAUAACUGACUAGAUGGGACAAUAUCCUUAGCUUAACGCCACUGCGUCCUCACUAGGCAAACAAACACACACAGGGGAGAUACACACCCUUACCAACCCGUUAGUCCCUAUUACCCUGAUUUAGCCUAACUUCAGUCCAGCCUGACUCUGCAGCAGAAGAGGCUGGUGAGAGGAGCUAUAGGAGGACGGGCUCAUUGUAAUGGCUGGAAUGGAACGGUAUCAAACACAGCAAAUCACGUUUGACUCCGCCAUUCCAUUUCAACCAUUGCGAUCAUCCUAUAGUUCCUCUCACCAGCCUCCUCUGCUCUGCAGUGAGGUUAUUUAGUCCUUGGCACAGGAUGGAGAGGUUUGUGUCGUUUGGCCAGGGAAACAGAUCUCUGUGUUAUUAAGAUUUUUUGCCAUCCCUGUAAAAAUAACAUUCCCGUUUGAGUUCCCGUUGAGUUGAUCUGGCAGAGGACCUCUGGUCCAGAGACAUGUCAGGGCCUGAAUUGCUGGACACAGGUACUGUAAAGGAAACCUUGUUGCACAAUAUGGUCAAACAUUUGAGUAAAACAUUGUUUCACAUUUGAUUUCCCUGUUAUUAGCCUGAAGUAAAGCAGAUGGUUUGAUUUUGGGUGUUUUUUGCCAACUGUUUAAAUGUUUACUUGACAAUGUAAUGAUUAUGUAAUGUUCCAUCUAUAGACCCAUUUCCCACGUCAUGAAAAGUUGCACGAGCAGUUCGUCAUCAGAAACCUCUUUGUUUACCUAGCAGUGGAUACGAUCACGUGCAACUUCAGCUCGUGCAAGUUAACAAACACGUAAUCAGAUGGUUAUCAUCUACAAAAUCGCAGAUAUAAUGAUUACCUAGCAAGCUAGCAAGUCAAGGUAAAACAUCACAAAUAGAGUUAGAUAAAGCCAGAAGAAUAAUAUACUUGUUGAACAUAGCUAUAGCCACCAGUCUUGCGUGUUUUCAUGGUCAUCACUCACUAACUGUAUGUCGCUCUGGAUAAGAGCGUCUGCUAAAUGACUAAAAUGUAAAUCACUCACUGACUGUUAAGUUUGUCAAGGUCCCGACAUCAGCUUUAGCUAUCCUGCUACAGAGCUUUUUGAUGUUGGGAUGCCUGCGCAUCACUCGAACGUAACGUUGAAUGGUAAACAGAAAAUGGCUCUAUUAGCCUAGCCGUCUGUGAGUCAAACAGUCUCUAACACUUCACUUAUUGCCAUGGCAUAAAGCACAGCCUUCUUAUAAAGCAUGGCAACUUCUAUUAGGCUACUACCAUGCUUAGCACCCAGAUUAGCACAGCUAGCUGGAUGAGGCCAACAACUCCAUGUGGCCUUUACCACGCACAUACACACACCCUGAGAUGGGCCUUGUGCCCCCAGGCCAGCCCCCUGUCCUGUCCCACCCCUCCCAUCAGCUUGGGUGUGUAAUUUAAUUUGUGUGGAGCAGGUGGGUCCAAAGUGUGGUUUCAUGUGACCCUAACCCUAGUAGGGUAGUAGAGCAGGCUGUGUCCUGGAACUGGUUGGAACUGGAGAAGACCGGAACCCCCACGCACACCAGGGUUGGGGUCAAUUCGGAAUUUCGGGAAUUUAAUUCAGUUCAAAUAGUGAAUUUGAAUUGAAUUUGAAUUGGCCACACACCACAGGAAGCAGAACUCGAUUUGAAUUUGAAUUGAAGUUUAAUUUAAUUCAAAGCGAUUCAAAGCAGUUCAACUGAGACGUGAAACAUGAAAGUCUCAUUCAUAUGAGAAGUAUUUUAUGAAAAGGAUAUGCUACUUAUUAAUGCAAAGAAUUCACAUACCAUUUCAAAUAUUAGUUUGAUUAUAACUCAAAGAUGUCAAACAGUAUUUUUAAUUGUCAUGAGAUGUUAGAUUGUCCCUUCCAUACUGCAGAGUUUGAUCUAAUGGGAAUUAUGAAUUAUUAUAGACAACCCACAACAUGAUCUUAUAAUAUUUCCAGACCACUGUAAUUAUUUAAAAUAGUUUUAGGAGAAUGAGUUUUAAAAAUGAAAUGUUUCAACCUUAUGCUUCAAUGUACUGGUAACCAACCAUACAUUAUAUCAAAAUAAACAUUACUAUGGUGAUGUGUAGAAUAAAUAACCCAUUUGAAAUUCAAUUCAAAUUCUGCUUCAUGUGGCGUGUGGCCAAUUCAAAUUCAAGAAUUUAAUUGGAAUUAAAGAGCAAUUCGCAACUCAAUUCAGAAUUGACCCCAACCCAGACGCACACCCAGCUCACACAGAUAACGGUCACACAGAUAAACUGAGAUACACACUCACGUACACUGUACAAAAGGGAAAAUUAGUCUAAACUAACAGAGAGAAAAGAUAGAAAUCUUCCUGAAUAUCUUUAUGAUUACCUAUCAAUUUACUAGACAGAGAUAGAAUUCAAUAUGUUCCUGCCCCCCUCACCUCUCUCCCCCCUCUCUCCCCCCAGCGGUAGUGGCGGAGAAGGACGGGACGCCAGUCUUUAAGUUCCCGCGGUGGCGUGUCAAAGGGAAGCCCAUCCUAGAAAUAGUGGAGGCCUACAAGGCGGUGGGGGCUGAGCUCAACGUCAUGCCCUUCUGCUCCCAGUUCAUCCCCAUGAAUGUGAUCGACCACCCAGCCCACGGUUCCAUCAUCUACCACCCCUCCAUCCUGCCCCUGCACCGCGGGGCCUCCGCCAUCAACUGGUGAGGGAGGGAGAGGAAAAAGAAAGUGUUAAGAUAGUGUGAGGAUUAAGGUUUAUAGACGUGUGUGUGGUGGGGUGGGGGUGGUAUGUGUGUGUGUGUGUUUGUCUGUCUGUCUAUGUGUCUGUCUGUGUGUGUGUCACGUGAAGAAACUUGACCAUGAGGGUGAUAGGUCAAGGGUUAGCCAUUUGAGGAUUGUGUGGGUGAGCCAGGCCUAAACUGACCACCAGAGAAGACAGACAGAAUAACAAGUGUGCUUGACUCUUGAAAUAGGCCUACGCAGGAUCAUUGUUGUAGACACUAUGCCCCUAUGGAGAUGGUCAAGUGCAGAGGCACAUGUGGUCAUUUCAGCUGUUGUCAAUAUGUAACCGUGACCAGUGUAAUUUCCUGAACAAGCUUGUCUUUAGUGUGUGCCUUUCCCUUAUAGUUAAACACCUGCUGGAGAGCUGAGUAGGAGUGAGUGUGGUGCUAUCUAACUGGUCUGGUUUGGGGUUGACCUGUUUGUAAUGUGUUUGGCUGAGUACAGUUUGCCCUAUCUUUUUCCUACCCUUACCUACAGUGGGGAAAAAAAGUAUUUAGUCAGCCACCAAUUGUGCAAGUUCUCCCACUUAAAAAGAUGAGAGAGGCCUGUAAUUUUCAUCAUAGGUACACAUCAACUAUGACAGACAAAUUGAGGAAAAGAAAUCCAGAAAAUCACAUUGUAGGAUUUUUUAUGAAUUUAUUUGCAAAUUAUGGUGGAAAAUAAGUAUUUGGUCACCUACAAACAAGCAAGAUUUCUGGCUCUCACAGACCUGUAACUUCUUCUUUAAGAGGCUCCUCUGUCCUCCACUCGUUACCUGUAUUAAUGGCACCUGUUUGAACUUGUUAUCAGUAUAAAAGACACCUGUCCACAACCUCAAACAGUCACACUCCAAACUCCACUAUGGCCAAGACCAAAGAGCAGUCAAAGGACACCAGAAACAAAAUUGUAGACCUGCACCAGGCUGGGAAGACUGAAUCUGCAAUAGGUAAGCAGCUUGGUUUGAAGAAAUCAACUGUGGGAGCAAUUAUUAGGAAAUGGAAGACAUACAAGACCACUGAUAAUCUCCCUCGAUCUGGGGCUCCACGCAAGAUCUCACCCCGUGGGGUCAAAAUGAUCACAAGAACGGUGAGCAAAAAUCCCAGAACCACACAGGGGGACCUAGUGAAUGACCUGCAGAGAGCUGGGACCAAAGUAACAAAGCCUACCAUCAGUAACACACUACGCCGCCAGGGACUCAAAUCCUGCAGUGCCAGACGUGUCCCCCUGCUUAAGCCAGUACAUGUCCAGGCCCGUCUGAAGUUUGCUAGAGUGCAUUUGGAUGAUCCAGAAGAGGAUUGGGAGAAUGUCAUAUGGUCAGAUGAAACCAAAAUAGAACUUUUUGGUAAAAACUCAACUCGUCGUGUUUGGAGGACAAAGAAUGCUGAGUUGCAUCCAAAGAACACCAUACCUACUGUGAAGCAUGGGGGUGGAAACAUCAUGCUUUGGGGCUGUUUUUCUGCAAAGGGACCAGGACGACUGAUCCGUGUAAAGGAAAGAAUGAAUGGGGCCAUGUAUCUUGAGAUUUUGAGUGAAAACCUCCUUCCAUCAGCAAGGGCAUUGAAGAUGAAACGUGGCUGGGUCUUUCAGCAUGACAAUGAUCCCAAACACACCGCCCGGGCAACGAAGGAGUGGCUUCGUAAGAAGCAUUUCAAGGUCCUGGAGUGGCCUAGCCAGUCUCCAGAUCUCAACCCCAUAGAAAAUCUUUGGAGGGAGUUGAAAGUCCGUGUUGUCCAGCGACAGCCCCAAAACAUCACUGUUCUAGAGGAGAUCUGCAUGGAGGAAUGGGCCAAAAUACAUGUACAUUUUUUUUACAUUUUAGUCGACGCUCUUAUCCAGAGCGACUUACAGUUAGUGAAUACAUAUUUUUUUAUAUACUGGCCCCCCAUGGGAAUCAAACCCACAACCCUGGCGUUGCAAACGCCAUGCUCUACCAACUGAGCUACAUCCCUGCCGGCCAUUCCCUCCCCUACCCUGGACGACGCUGGGCCAAUUGUGCGCCGCCCAUGAGUCUCCCGGUCGCGGCCGGCUGCGACAGAGCCUGGAUUCGAACCAGGAUCUCUAGUGGCACAGUUAGCACUGCGAUGCAGUGCCUUAGACCACUGCACCACUCAGGAGUGUAUACCAGCAACAGUGUGUGAAAACCUUGUGAAGACUUACAGAAAACGUUUGACCUGUGUCAUUGCCAACAAAGGGUAUAUAACAAAGUAUUGAGAAACUUUUGUUAUUGACCAAAUACUUAUUUUCCACCAUAAUUUGCAAAUAAAUUCAUUAAAAAUCCUACAAUGUGAUUUUCUGGAUUUUUUUUUCUCAAUUUGUCUGUCAUAGUUGACGAGUACCUAUGAUGAAAAUUACAGGCCUCUCUCAUCUUUUUAAGUGGGAGAACUUGCACAAUUGGUGGCUGACUAAAUACUUUUUUCCCCCACUGUAUUCUCGGUUCCUGUUAUCUGUGUUGGGGGUGUGUGUGCGCGUGUCCGUGUACGUCUCUGUGUGUGAACAGCUAUGUGGAUUUAGCCUAUAUUGGACACUGAUCUGUGUUUGACUUGGCUCUUUAACCCAGGGGCGCAACUUUCAUUGGGGACGGGGGGACGAGGGACGACGACAUGUCCCCCACAUUCUGAAAUUGCAUUUUUGUCCCCCCCCCCCCCAGUUUUAUCAUUGGAAUGUGAUACAAAACAAGGCAGCGGUGUGCUUUAGGACCAUGUGGACGCCUCCGAGUGGUCGGGUAGGCUGUUUGGAGUGUAUAUCUGACUGGAUAAAAAAAAAUAUAUAUAUAUAUACAGUACCAGUCAAAAGUUUGGACACACCUACUCAUUCAAGGGUUUUUCUUUAUGUUUACUAUUUUCUACAUUUACAUUUUACAUUUUAGUCAUUUAGCAGACGCUCUUAUCCAGAGCGACUUACAGUUAGUGAAUACAUUUUUUUUUAUACUGGCCCCCCGUGGGAAUCGAACCCACAACCCUGGCGUUGCAAACGCCAUGCUCUAUCAACUGAGCUACAUCCCUGCCGGCCAUUCCCUCCCCUACCCUGGACAACGCUGGGCCAAUUGUGCGCCGCCCAUGAGUCUCCCGGUCGCGGCCGGCUGCGACAGAGCCUGGAUUCGAACCAGGAUCUCUAGUGGCACAGUUAGUACUGCGAUGCAGUGCCUUAGACCACUGUAGAAUAAUAUUGAAGACAUCAAAACUAUGAAAUAACACAUAUGGAAUCAUGUAGUAACCAAAAAAGUGUUAAACAAAUCAAAAUAUAUUUUAGAUUUUAGAUUCUUCAAAGUAGCCACCCUUUACCUUGAUGGCAGCUUUGCACACUCUUGGCAUUCUCUCAACCAGCUUAAUGACGAAUGCUUUUCCAACAGUCUUGAAGGAGUUCCCACAUAUGCUGAGCACUUGUUGGCUGCUUUUCCUUCACUCUGCGGUCCAACUCAUCCCAAACCAUCUCAAUUGGGUUGAGGUCGGGUGAUUGUGGAGGCCAGGUCAACUGAUGCAGCACUCCAUCACUCUUUCCACUGGUCCAAUGUCCAUUGCUUGUGUUUCUUGGCCCAAGCAAGUCUCUUCUUCUUAUUGUUGUCCUUUAGUAGUGGUUUCUUUGCAGCAAUUCGACCAUGAAGGCCUGAUUCACGCAGUCCCCUCUGAACAGUUGAUGUGGAGAUGUGUCUGUUACUUUUAUUUGGACUGCAAUCUGAGGUGCAGUUAACUCUAAUGAACUUAUCCUCUGCAGCAGAGGUAACUCUGGGUCUUCCUUUCCUCUGGCGGUCCUCAUGAGAGCCAAUUUCAUCAUAGCGCUUGAUGGUUUUUGUAACUGCACUUGAAGAAACUUUAAAAGUUCUUGAAAUGUUCCGGGUUGACUGACCUUCAUGUCUUAAAGUAAUGAUGGACUGUCGUUUCUCUUUGCUUAUUUGAGCUGUUCUUGCCAUAAUAUGGACUUGGUCUUUUACCAAAUAGGGCUAUCUUCUGUAUACCUCCCCUACCUUGUCACAACACAACUGAUUGGCUCAAACACAUUAAGAAGGAAAGAAAUUCCACAAAUUAACUUUUAAGAAGGCACACCUCUUAAUUGAAAUGCAUUCCAGGUGACUACCUCAUGAAGCUGGUUGAGAGAAUGCCAAGAGUGUGCAAAGCUGUCAUCAAGGGAAAGGGUGGCUACUUUGAAGAAUCUUAAAUAUAAAAUAUAUUUUGAUUUGUUUAACACUUUUUUGGGUUACUACAUACAGUGGGGGAAAAAGUAUUUAGUCAGCCACCAAUUGUGCAAGUUCUCCCACUUAAAAAGAUGAGAGAGGCCUGUAAUUUUCAUCAUAGGUACACGUCAACUAUGACAGACAAAUUGAGAAAAAAAUUCCAGAAAAUCACAUUGUAGGAUUUUUUAUGAAUUUAUUUGCAAAUUAUGGUGGAAAAUAAGUAUUUGGUCACCUACAAACAAGCAAGAUUUCUGGCUCUCACAGACCUGUAACUUCUUCUUUAAGAGGCUCCUCUGUCCUCCACUCGUUACCUGUAUUAAUGGCACCUGUUUGAACUUGUUAUCAGUAUAAAAGACACCUGUCCACAACCUCAAACAGUCACACUCCAAACUCCACUAUGGCCAAGACCAAAGAGCUGUCAAAGGACACCAGAAACAAAAUUGUAGACCUGCACCAGGCUGGGAAGACUGAAUCUGCAAUAGGUAAGCAGCUUGGUUUGAAGAAAUCAACUGUGGGAGCAAUUAUUAGGAAAUGGAAGACAUACAAGACCACUGAUAAUCUCCCUCGAUCUGGGGCUCCACACAAGAUCUCACCCCGUGGGGUCAAAAUGAUCACAAGAACGGUGAGCAAAAAUCCCAGAACCACACGGGGGGACCUAGUGAAUGACCUGCAGAGAGCUGGGACCAAAGUAACAAAGCCUACCAUCAGUAACACACUACGCCGCCAGGGACUCAAAUCCUGCAGUGACAGACGUGUCCCCCUGCUUAAGCCAGUACAUGUCCAGGCCCGUCUGAAGUUUGCUAGAGUGCAUUUGGAUGAUCCAGAAGAGGAUUGGGAGAAUGUCAUAUGGUCAGAUGAAACCAAAAUAGAACUUUUUGGUAAAAACUCAACUCGUCGUGUUUGAAGGACAAAGAAUGCUGAGUUGCAUCCAAAGAACACCAUACCUACUGUGAAGCAUGGGGGUGGAAACAUCAUGCUUUGGGGCUGUUUUUCUGCAAAGGGACCAGGACGACUGAUCCGUGUAAAGGAAAGAAUGAAUGGGGCCAUGUAUCGUGAGAUUUUGAGUGAAAACCUCCUUCCAUCAGCAAGGGCAUUGAAGAUGAAACGUGGCUGGGUCUUUCAGCAUGACAAUGAUCCCAAACACACCGCCCGGGCAACGAAGGAGUGGCUUCGUAAGAAGCAUUUCAAGGUCCUGGAGUGGCCUAGCCAGUCUCCAGAUCUCAACCCCAUAGAAAAUCUUUGGAGGGAGUUGAAAGUCCGUGUUGCCCAGCGACAGCCCCAAAACAUCACUGCUCUAGAGGAGAUCUGCAUGGAGGAAUGGGCCAAAAUACCAGCAACAGUGUGUGAAAACCUUGGAUUUUUUUUCCUCAUUUUGUCUGUCAUAGUUGACGUGUACCUAUGAUGAAAAUUACAGGCCUCUCUCAUCUUUUUAAGUGGGAGAACUUGCACAAUUGGUGGCUGACUAAAUACUUUUUUUCCCCACUGUAAUUCCAUAUGUGUUAUUUCAUAGAUUGAUGUCUUCACUAUUAUUCUACAAUGUAGAAAAUAGUAAAAAUAAAGAAAAACCCUUGAAUGAGUAGGUGUGUCCAAACUUUUGACUAGUACUGUAUGUCCCCGCCACUUCUAAAACCAAAGUUGCGCCCCUGCUUUAACCUAUUUGUGAAUGGGCUCUAUGGAAAAGGUUGGCUUUCUCUCAGUCUGUGCUACAGCUGUAGGAUCUUAAUUUGAUCACUCUUCUGUUGCUGAGAAUUUACCUGCGCCGUAGGAAAUGCAGAUGAGCUUCACGAUUGACAUAAAUUCACUGAAAACCUGCAUACACACACGGUUAUAUUAACAUUAUUGCACUUUUCAUGUUGCCUACUUUCUCCAGCUAAUAGCCUAACCACCGAUCAAGCAACAUUAUGAACUAAACGUUAAAAUCCUAUUGCUGCUGGAUUAUUUUGCUGACAAUACUGGUCAAAUUAAGAUCAGACGUCUGUAUAAAUGCAAUUUGUCACAGAUUUGUUCCUGGUUUUAUGCAUGACCUGAUUCCGUGAGAGGCCUGCUCCAUAUGGUUCCGUUUAUGACCCUGUUUCUGUGUACGUCCCUGUUUCUAUGUAUGACCGUGGUUCUAUGCAUGACGUUGGUUCUGUGUCUGACCUGGUUCUGUGUCCUGUGUCCUCCUCAGGACUCUGAUCCAGGGGGAUAAGAAGGCUGGGUUCUCCAUCUUCUGGGCUGACGAUGGUCUGGACACGGGUCCCAUCCUGCUCCAGAGAGAGUGUCUUGUGGAACCCAACGACACAGUGGACACCCUCUACAAUCGCUUCCUCUUUCCAGAGGGCAUCAAGGCCAUGGUAACCAUAGCAACGCACCAUCAUCUCCCUCUGUCCAUCCUCGGAUCACAGUCAGGAUAAAACAUACCACAGUCCCAUGUGAAUGGUGUAACGGUUGAUGUGUACUACAUUUAACACUGCUGUAACACGUAACACACUGACAUUGCUUGGGGGUUGGUGUAUUCCUUUUGUGCAGGUGGAGUCAGUGCAGCUGAUCGCUGAUGGGAAGGCCCCACGUAUCCCCCAGACAGAGGAGGGGGCCAGCUACGAGGGUAUCCAGAAGAAGUCCAACUCCAAGGUGAGAUAGUGAAUGUGGUGUGAAGCAUCAACAACGAGAGACACAGCGUCACCUGGUUAAGGCUGUUUGUAGAGAAUGGUGGAAAGUAAGUCAAAUAUCAUGUUAGGAAAUAACCAUUCAAAUAAUUUCCUGUCUUUCUUUUCCUCUCACUUUUUUGCCCAAACUAUUAUGUUUUCUUCUGAAAACUGUUUAGGACAGUUUGAUGUUGCUCAAUUUGUAGCCAUUUAAUUCCACAAUAUGUCCAUUCAUUACUCAGUUUGGAAAAGUCCUGUUUAGCGAGAGUGUGAUGUACUAGGGCCAGUAAUGAAAUGAGGGGUUGUCUAAGGAGGGGGGUAGGGCUGGUUUGAGGGGGUGGGGAGUGUUAACUUACUAGAUCCUAUAGCACUGGCCAACAUUCUUAAGGCGAGGAGGGAGUGGGGAGUGGGGGGUUAUUUUUAAGGUCCCUCUUCCUAGUGUUGCAUAAUAAGCUGCCAACUGUUUGGUCCCCACCUGGUUCCUAGAAACGAAUUAAAGAAGCGUCUGAAAAUGAAUAUUUUCUUCGUCUCUCCUCCAGGUCAACCUAGCCCAGCCGGCAGAGGCUAUCCACAACUGGAUCCGCGGCCACGACAAAGUCCCCGGGGCGUGGACGGUCAUUGAUGGUCAGGUGCGUUCCCAAAAACGCACACACACAUUACAUUUACAGUGUGUGUAUGAACUGUACGUAGUGUCUAAUGUUCUGUUUCUGUAUUACUGUGUGUGUGUGUGUCUGUCUCAUUGGCAGUGUGUCAAUUGAACCCGUGUCCUCUCUCUGUCUCUCCUUAGACUGUGACUCUGUACGGGUCGUCCAUGCUGGGGGAGUCGGUGCCAGCCGGUCAGCCCCUGGAGUUAGAGGGGGCGUCCCAGCCUGGUGUCGUCACCAAGAACGGCCUGGUUCUGUACGGGUCAGAUAGCAAAGCGGUGAGUCACAGGAAAUGAGAUCAAUGGGAAAUGAAUAGGGAAAUGUACAGGCAAGUGUCUAGUGGGAACCCUGUUGGCUUUAUUGCCUGUGAUGUAACAGAGCACUAUAAAGUAUCUAUCAACCUCCGAUGGCUUCUAAAGUUCAUUUUGAGAAUAGUUUCUCCAGUUUAGUUAUUAAGACAUAGCUCGGGCUUAACCCUAACUCUUUGUUGCCUCGCCUCCUUCCUCUCCUCACCCUCGUCCUCCUCUGGUUCCUCCACAGCUGAUGGUGAAGAACCUGCAGUUUGAGGAUGGGAAGAUGAUCUCUGCUGCUAAGUACUUCUCUUCAGGAGACACCGCCAGCGUGGAGCUGACUGAUGAUGAGAAGAAGAUGGCAGAGGAGAUACGAGUAUGUUUCUCAUUGUAUCUCUAAAGGCUUCCACAUUGCCAUGUGUGAUAGUUUGACACUACUAGAACAUGAAUCUGUUACUUAGUAUACCACCAUGUUGUAAAUGCAUGAUUCAGAUAGAAGCUGUUCAAUUAGCGCCACUGAUUCAGUGUGUUGUCACUCCAGGACAUCUGGAAAGGCAUUCUGAGCAACGUUGCUGCCAUUGAGGAAACCACAGACUUCUUCAAGUCAGGAGCUGCUUCUAUGGACGUGGUCAGGUGAGUGUAUGCUUUCACUGGCAUUGACCUGGUUUAACCCUGCAGUUUUUUGUUAUAUUUUUUAUUAACAGUGAUUUUGAUCAUCAUGGUGACUUUUGUGACCCUAGUUGACCCCAUUGUACCUGAGUGACUUAAUCUCCUAUGACCUGACAUAACUUCACUAUGACCCUGAUAUAACCCCAUCCUAUCCUCAGGCUGGUGGAGGAGAUCAAGCAGAAGUGUGCAGGGUUGCAGCUGCAGAAUGAGGAUGUGUACAUGGCCACCACCUUCCAGGACUUCAUCCAGAUGUUUGUGAGAAGGCUGAGGGGGGAGGACCAGGAGGAGGAGAUGGUCAUCGACUAUGUGAGUCAGACACACAACUGUCAUACAGUAGCCUGGUCCCAGAUCUGUUUGUGCUGUCUUGCCAACUCCUAUGGUCAUUUGUGCAACAAUGAUCAUAGGAGUUGGCAAGACACCACAAUUAAUGACCAAAGGAGUUGGCAAGACAGUACAAACUGAUCUGGGACCAGGCUGGUCAUACAGAGCACAGAUGGUGUUACUAUUGAUGGUGAUGAUAAUGAGAAACAUACUGUUUCCCACUCACUUUCCACUUGUAUUUUCAAGUGUUUAAAUGACACAUAUACACAUGUUAUAAGAUGAUUAUAAAACACAGUUGGAUCUGUAAUUUGUCUUUGACGUGUAAUGUUAUGCCACUGUCAUGGUUUUGUUCCCAGGCGAUGAAAGACGUUAACAACAUGACGGUGAAGAUGCCUUGGCAGUGUUUCAUCAAUGGCAAGUUUGAGGACGCAGAGAACGGCAAGACUGCCGAUACUAUCAACCCUGCCGAUGGCUCUGUGAGUUGUAAUGCUAUACAUACAGAUAAACACACACAUAUCCUACUAUUACUCAUCUAUCAUACUUAGAUAUACACUCUCACAUACACACUGACUUAUGUCAUUAAAUGUUUUCCCUAGGUGAUCUGUAAGGUAGCCUACGCGUCAGUGGGAGAUGUGGACCGGGCGGUAGCAGCAGCCAAAGAGGCCUUUGAGGUUGGCCCCUGGGGCAGGAUGAACCCUAGAGAUCGUGGCACCCUGCUGUACAAGUGAGCACCAAGCUUACAGCACCUCCUAGAGGCCUGGUGGAGAUCUGCCUCGACUCAUUAUGGAGUAUAGUUACUAUCAGGGAACUUGUUUAUAUAGUGCAGAUUUAUAUCCAUUUAUACAACAAUAGUAUAUUUUGAGGACAACGACUGCCAGCGGAACCUUGAACCUACCUCCAUCUCUUUUGCUGACCUCCCCUCCCUACCAGGCUGGCUGACCUUAUGGAGGAGCACCAGGAGGAGUUGGCCACCAUAGAGUCCAUAGAUUCUGGAGCUGUCUACACCCUGGCACUGAAGACCCACGUAGGCAUGUCCAUCCAGACCUUCCGCUACUUCGCCGGCUGGUGUGACAAGAUCCAGGUACAGUUUCACCUGCAUGGACCAUAUAAAUAUAAAGAUGUUUGGAGCAGUUUGUAUGAUGAAACUGGCUCCACCUCUUUUUAUAAUAAUAAUAAUAUGCCAUUUAGCAGACGUUUUUAUCCAAAGCGACUUACAGUCAUGCGUGCAUAAUUUUUUUUUGUGUAUGGGUGGUCCCGGGGAUCGAACCCACUACCUUGGCGUUACAAGCGCCGUUACAAGCGCCGUGCUCUACCAGCUGAGCUACAGAGGAUCACACUUCCCUGUUGCCAUAUACUGACCUACUAGUGAGUAGAUAUUUUCAGUAAUCUAGUAGUCUAAGGAUAUCUUCUAUUACAUCCUGUCUGCUACAGGGCAAGACGAUACCCAUCAACCAGGCCAGGCCCAAUCGCAAUCUGACCUUUACCAAGAAGGAACCUCUGGGGUAAGGGGUCAGAGUUCACAUGUGAUACAACUCUACUAGGAAAUAUCAAUAUGGAUUUAGAUAUGAACAUGAUUCAUGAGUAGUGGUUUUAGGAUGAGUAUUGGUUGUAGUAACCACUGCAUUUGGCUGACCUGUGGCACCUGCUCAUGGUGAGUGUUGUGUGUUUCCUGGGUGCCAGUGUGUGUGCCAUCGUCAUUCCCUGGAACUACCCACUCAUGAUGCUGGCAUGGAAGAGUGCCGCUUGCCUUGCUGCUGGAAACACACUGGUCCUGAAACCUGCACAGGUGAGAACACGCACCUGCAUACGUUACAACAGAUUCAGUCAUAGAUUUUAUACCAGCAGUUGAACAACUUAUGUAACAUGGCAGUCACACACGACAUUACCUGUCACACACAACUCUACCUAACGUAACCUUUCUCUGUAGGCCUACGUGUUAAAAUAGCCUCUCUAGCACUGCACAUUGCUGAACCACAUACAGUGGCGAGAACAAGUAUUUGAUACACUGCCGAUUUUGCAGGUUUUCCUACUUACAAAGCAUGUAGAUGUCUGUAAUUUUUAUCAUAGGUACACUUCAACUGUGAGAGACGGAAUCUAAAACAAAAAUCCAGAAAAUCACAUUGUAUGAUUUUUAAGUAAUUAAUUUGCAUUUUAUUGCAUGACAUAAGUAUUUGAUCACCUACCAACCAGUAAGAAUUCCAGCUCUCACAGACCUGUUAGUUUUUCUUUAAGAAGCCCUCCUGUUCUCCGCUCAUUACCUGUAUUAACUGCACCUGUUUGAACUCAUUACCUGUAUAAAAGACACCUGUCCACACACUCAAUCAAACAGACUCCAACCUCUCCACAAUGGCCAAGACCAGAGAGCUGUGUAAGGACAUCAGGGAUAAAAUUGUAGACCUGCACAAGGCUGGGAUGGGCUACAGGACAAUAGGCAAGCAGCUUGGUGAGAAGGCAACAACUGUUGGCGCAAUUAUUAGAAAAUGGAAGAAGUUCAAGAUGACGGUCAAUCACCCUCGGUCUGGGGCUCCAUGCAAGAUCUCACCUCGUGGGGCAUCAAUGAUCAUGAGGAAGGUGAGGGAUCAGCCCAGAACUACACGGCAGGACCUGGUCAAUGACUUGAAGAGAGCUGGGACCACAGUCUCAAAGAAAACCAUUAGUAACACACUACGCCGUCAUGGAUUAAAAUCCUGCAGCGCAUGCAAAGUCCCCCUGCUCAAGCCAGCGCAUGUCCAGGCCCGUCUAAAGUUUGCCAAUGACCAUAUGGAUGAUCCAGAGGAGGAAUGGGAGAAGGUCAUGUGGUCUGAUGAGACAAAAAUAGAGCUUUUUGGUCUAAACUCCACUCGCCGUGUUUGGAGGAAGAAGAAGGAUGAGUACAACCCCAAGAACACCAUCCCAACCGUGAAGCAUGGAGGUGGAAACAUCAUUCUUUGGGGAUGCUUUUCUGCAAAGGGGACAGGACGACUGCACCGUAUUGAGGGGAGGAUGGAUGGGGCCAUGUAUCGCGAGAUCUUGGCCAACAACCUCCUUCCCUCAGUAAGAGCAUUGAAGAUGGGUCGUGGCUGGGUCUUCCAGCAUGACAACGACCCGAAACACACAGCCAGGGCAACUAAGGAGUGGCUCCGUAAGAAGCAUCUCAAGGUCCUGGAGUGGCCUAGCCAGUCUCCAGACCUGAACCCAAUAGAAAAUCUUUGGAGGGAGCUGAAAGUCCGUAUUGCCCAGCGACAGCCCCGAAACCUGAAGGAUCUGGAGAAGGUCUGUAUGGAGGAGUGGGCCAAAAUCCCUGCUGCAGUGUGUGCAAACCUGGUCAAGACCUACAGGAAACGUAUGAUCUCUGUAAUUGCAAACAAAGGUUUCUGUACCAAAUAUUAAGUUCUGCUUUUCUGAUGUAUCAAAUACUUAUGUCAUGCAAUAAAAUGCAAAUUAAUUACUUAAAAAUCAUACAAUGUGAUUUUCUGGAUUUUUGUUUUAGAUUCCGUCUCUCACAGUUGAAGUGUACCUAUGAUAAAAAUUACAGACAUCUACAUGCUUUGUAAGUAGGAAAACCUGCAAAAUCGGCAGUGUAUCAAAUACUUGUUCUCCCCACUGUAUGUAAAUAUCAGUUUUUCCUUUGACUCACUUGUCUCUUGAAGAGUUUCCUGUGUCCACAGCAAGGAACGUGUUACACUCUCACUCUCUGCUCUCGUCCAAAAGGUUACUCCUCUGUCAGCCCUGAAGUUUGCUGAGCUGACUGUGAAGGCUGGAAUUCCCAAGGGAGUCAUCAACAUCGUACCUGGCUCAGGUAACAGGACACAAGGGAGCAAGGGCUUGUGGGAAGGGAGAGGUCCUCCAGGAGAUCUCUCACUCCAUCUCCCCCUCUCUACCACCCUCUCUCCCCCAUCUCUACUUCCCUUUCUCCCCCUGGCGCCCUCUCACCCCUUUCUCUCUCUCCACCUCCCUCUCCCCCAUCUCUCUAAUAGGUGGGAUGGUGGGACAGCGCAUGUCUGACCACCCAGACAUCCGUAAACUGGGCUUCACAGGCUCCACUCCUAUCGGCAAACAGAUCAUGAAAAGGUACAGUAGGGGGCUGGGACCCCACUUAUUCCUGAUUGGCUGAUAUUGGGCUACUUCCUGCUCAUGCUCACGUGUCAUUUCCUGUUGCAGCUGUGCGCUGAGUAACCUGAAGAAGGUUUCUCUGGAGCUGGGAGGGAAGUCUCCACUCAUCAUCUUCAGUGACUGUGACAUGGACAAGGCUGUGCGCAUGGUGAGAGAGGGAGAGAAAGAAGGAAAAGAGGAGAGAGACUUCAUACCUGUGUCUUUUAACUUCUUCACUGACCUGCUCUUAUUUACUUCAUAUUCCCUUCCCCUCCAUCUCUCUUUCUGCAGGGUAUGAGUUCUGUGUUCUUCAACAAAGGAGAGAACUGCAUCGCUGCUGGACGCCUGUUCGUGGAGGAGUCCAUACAUGAUGAGUACAUCAGGAGAGUGGUGAGUGUCUUCAACCCUCCCACAACAGUGCAAAACACACAAUACACUUUACCUCUUCCUCUUCAAAUCAAAUCAAAUGUAUUGGUCACAUACACAUGGUUAGCAGAUGUUAUUGCGAGUGUAGCGAAAUGCUUGUGCUUCUAGUUCCGACAGUGCAGCAAUAUCUAGCAAGUAAUAUCUAACAGUUCCACAACAAAAACCUAAUACACACAAAUCUAAGUAAAGGAAUGGAAUAAGAAUAUAUAAAAAUAUGGAUGAGCAAUGUCAUUAUCAGAGUGGCAUAGGCUAAGAUGCAAUAGAUAGUAUAGAAUACAGUAUAUGCAGUUGAAGUCGGAAGUUUACAUACACCUUAGCCAAAUACAUUUAAACUCAGUUUUUCACAAUUCCUGACAUUUAAUCCUAGUAAAAAUUCCCUGUCUUAGGUCAGUUAGGAUCACCACUUUAUUUUAAGAAUGUGAAAUGUCAGAAUAAUAGUAAAGAUAAUGAUUUAUUUAAGCUUUUAUUUCUUUCAUCACAUUCCUAGUGGGUCAGAAGUUUACAUACACUCAAUUAGUAUUUGGUAGCAUUGCCUUUAAAUUGUUUAACUUGGGUCAAACGUUUCGGGUAGCCUUCCACAAGCUUCCCACAAUAAGUUGGGUGAAUUUUGGCCCAUUCCUCCUGACAGAGCUGGUGUAACUGAGUCAGGUUUGUAGGCCUCCUUGCUCUGCCCACACAUUUUCUAUAGGAUUGAGGUCAGGGCUUUGUGAUGGCCACUCCAAUACCUUGACUUUGUUGUCCUUAAGCCAUUUUGCCACAACUUUGGAAGUAUGCUUGGGGUCAUUGUCCAUUUGGAAGACCCAUUUGCGACCAAGCUUUAACUUCCUGACUGAUGUCUUGAGAUGUUGCUUCAAUAUAUCCACAUAAUUUUCCUUCCUCAUGAUGCCAUCUAUUUUGUGAAGUGCACCAGUCCCUCUUGCAGCAAAGCACCCCCACAGUAUGAUGCUGCCACCCCCAUGCUUCACGGUUGGGAUGGAGUUCUUCGGCUUGCAAGCGUCACCACUUUUCCUCCAAACAUAACAAUGGUCAUUAUGGCCAAACAGUUCUAUUUUUGUUUAAUCAGACCAGAGGACAUUUCUCCAAAAAGUACGAUCUUUGUCCCCAUGUGCAGUUGCAAACCAUAGUCUGGCUUUUUUAUGACGGUUUUGGAGCAGUGGCUUCUUCCUUGCUGAGCGGCCUUUCAGGUUAUGUCGAUAUAGGACUCGUUUUACUGUGGAUAUAGAUACUUUUGUACCUGUUUCCUCCAGCAUCUUCACAAGGUCCUUUGCUGUUGUUCUGGGAUUGAUUUGCACAAUUCGCACCAAAGUAUGUUCAUCUCUAGGAGACAGAACGCGUCUCCUUCCUGAGCGGUAUGACGGCUGCGUGAUCCCAUGGUGUUUAUACUUGCGUACUAUUGUUUGUACAGAUGAACGUGGUACCUUCAGGCGUUUGGAAAUUGCUCCCAAGGAUGAACAAGACUUGUGGAGGUCUACCAUUUUUUUUCUGAGGUCUUGGCUGAUUUCUUUUGAUUUUCCCAUGAUGUCAAGCAAAGAGGCACUGAGUUUGAAGGUAGGCCUUGAAAUACAUCCACAGGUACACCUCCAAUUGACUCAAAUUAUGUCAAUUAGCCUAUCAGAAGCUUCUAAAGCCAUGACAUCAUUUUCUGGAAUUUUCCAAGCUGUUUAAAGGCACAGUCAACUAAAUGUACGUAAACUUCUGACCCACUGGAAUUGUGAUACAGUGAAUUAUAAGUGAAACAAUUGUUGGAAAAAUUACUUGUGUCAUGCACAAAGUAGAUGUCCUAACCGACUUGCCAAAACUAUAGUUUGUUAACAAGAAAUGUGUGGAGUGGUUGAAAAACAAGUUUUAAUGACUCCAACCUAAGUGUAUGUAAACGUCCGACUUCAACUGUACAUAUGAGAUGGGUAAUGCAAGAUAUGUAAACAUUAUUAAGAUAGUAUAGAAUACAGUAUAUACAUAUGAGAUGGGUACUGCAAGAUAUGUAAACAUUAUUAAAGUGGCAUUAUGAAAGUGACUAGUGUUCCAUUUAUUCAAGUGGCCAGUGAUUUUCAAGUCUGUAUGUAGGCAGAAGCCUCUCUGUGCUAGUGAUGGCUGUUUAACAGUCUGAUGGCCUUGAGAUAGAAUAUGUUUUUCAGUCUCUCGGUCCCAGCUUUGACGCACCUGUACUGACCUCGCCUUCUGGAUGAUAACGGGGUGAACAGGCAGUGGCUCAGGUGGUAGUUGUCCUUGAUUAUCUUUUUGGCCUUCCUGUGACAUCGGGUGCUGUAGGUGUCCUGGAGGGCAGGUAGUUUGCCCCCGGUGAUGUGUUGUGCAGACCGCACCACCCUCUGGAGAGCCCUGCGGUUGUGGGUGGUGCAGUUGCCAUACCAGGCGGUGAUACAGCCCGACAGGAUGCUCUCAAUUGUGCAUCUGUAAAAGUUUGUGAGGGUUUUAGGUGACAGGCCUACAUCAGUGAUAUGUACGGUGAGGAACCUAAAACUUUCCACCUUCUCCACUGCUGUCCCGUCGAUGUGGAUAGGGGGGGUACUCCCUCUGCUGUUUCCUGAAGUCCACGAUCAUCUCCUUUGUUUAGUUGACAUUGAGUGAGAGGUUAUUUUCCUGGCACCACACUCCGACAGCCCUCACCUCCUCCCUGUAGGCUGUCUCAUCGUUGUUGGUAAUCAAGGCUACUACUGUUGUGUUGUCUGCAAACUUGAUGAUUGAGUUGGAGGCGUGCAUUGCGACGCAGUCAUGGGUGAACAGGGAGUUCCUCCGUUUCCUCCACCACACAACAGCUGAGUCUCUGUGUGGCAUAGCUCAAGGGUCUCUCAAGAUCAUUUUCCUCAUAGCUUUUGCAUUCCUCCUCUUCCUCCGUCUCCCCUGCUCUUCCUCCCAUCAGGUGGAGGAGAUAAAGAAGAUGAAGGUGGGUGAUCCUCUGGACCGCUCCACGGACCACGGGCCCCAGAACCACAAGGCCCACAUGGACAAGCUGGUGGAGUACUGUGAAGUGGGACUGAAGGAGGGCGCCACGCUGGUGUACGGGGGCAAACAAGUGGACAGGCCAGGUAAACACUUUUGAAGCAGUGUGUUUCCAACACUAUAGGCCCCUCUAGUAUCACAGUAUGCACUCAUACCAAAGUAGCUAUAGUAGAAUAACCUUUGUUCAAAUCAAAUCAAAUUGUUUUAGUCACAUACACAGUAUUUAGCAGAUGUUAUUGCGGGUGCAGCGAAAUGCUUGUUUUCCUAGCUCCAACAGUGCAGUAUUAUCUAACAAUACACACAAAUCUAAAAGUAAAAGAAUGGAAUUAAGAAAUAUAGAAAUAUUAGAACGAGCAUUGUCAGAGUCCGGAGGAUAAAUAUACACUACCGGUGAAAAGUUUUAGAACACCUACUCAUUCAAGAGUUUUUCUUUAUUUUUACUAUUUUCUACAUUGUAGAAUAAUAGUGAAGACAUCAAAACUAUGAAAUAACACAUAUGGAAUCAUGUAGUAACCCAAAAAGUGUUAAACAAAUAGGCACCCUUUGCACACUCUUGGCAUUCUCUCAACCAGCUUCAUGAGGUAGUCACCUGGAAUGAAUUUUAAUUACAUUUUAAUUUUACAUUUUAGUCAUUUAGCAGACACUCUUAUCCAGAGCGACUUACAGUUAGCUCUACCAACUGAGCUACAGGUGUGCCUUCUUAAAAGUUAAUUUGUGGAAUUUCUUUCCUUCUUAAUGCUUUUGAGCCAAUCAGUUGUGUUGUGACAAGGUAGGGGGGGUAUACAGAAGAUAGCCCUAUUUGGUAAAAGACCUAGUCCAUAUUAUGGCAAGAACAGCUCAAAUAAGCAAAGAGAAACGAAAGUCCAUCAUUACUUUAAGACAUGAAGGUUAGUCAAUACGGAAAAUGUCAAGAACUUUGAAAGUUUCUUCAAGUGCAGUCGCAAAAACCAUCAAGCGCUAUGAUGAAACUAGCUCUCAUGAGGACCGCCACAGGAAUGGAUGACCCACCCAGAGUUACCUCUGCUGCAGAGGAUAAGUUCAUUAGAGUUAACUGCACCUCAGAUUGCAGCCCAAAUAAAUGCUUCAAAGAGUUCAAGUAACAGACACAUCUCAACAUCAACUGUUCAGAGGAGACUGUGUGAAUCAGGCCUUCAUGGUCGAAUUGCUGCAAAUAAGCCACUACUAAAGGACACCAAUAAUAAGAAGAGACUUGCUUGGGCCAAGAAACACGAGCAAUGGACAUUAGACUGGUGGAAAUGUGUCCUUUGGUCUGGAGUCCAAAUUGGAAAUGUUUGGUUUCAACCGCCGUGUCUUUGUGAGACGCGGUGUGGGUGAACGGAUGAUCUCUGCAUGUGUAUUUCCCACCGUAAAGCAUGGAGGAGGAGGUGUUAUGGUGUGGGGGUGCUUUGUUGGUGACACUGUCUGUGAUUAAUUUAGAAUUCAAGGCACACUUAACCAGCAUGGCUACCACAGCAUUCUGCAGCGAUACGCCCUCCCAUCUGGUUUGGGCUUAGUGGGACUAUCAUUUGUUUUUCAACAGGACAAUGACCCAACACACCUCCAGGCUGUGUAAGGGCUAUUUUACCAAGAAGGAGAGUGAUGGAGUGCUGCAUCAGAUGACCUGGCCUCCACAAUCCCCCGACCUCAACCCAAUUGAGAUGGUUUGGGAUGAGUCGGACCGCAGAGUGAAGGAAAAGCAGCCAACAAGUGCUCAGCAUAUGUGUGAACUCCUUCAAGACUGUUAGAAAAGCAUUCCAGGUGAAGCUGGUUGAGAGAAUGUCAAGAGUAUGCAAAGCUGUCAUCAAGGCAAAGGGUGGCUAUUUGAAGAAUCUCAAAUAUAAAAUAUAUUUUGAUUUGUUUAACACUUUUUUGGUUACUACAUGAUUCCAUAUGUGUUAUUUCAUAGUUCUGAUGUCUUCACUAUUAUCCUACAAUGUAGAAAAUAGUAAAAAUAAAGAAAAACCCUUGAAUGAGUAGGUGUGUCCAAACUUUUGACUGGUACUGUAUAUAUACACUGCUCAAAAAAAUAAAGGGAACACUUAAACAACACAAUGUAACUCCAAGUCAAUCACACUUCUGUGAAAUCAAACUGUCCACUUAGGAAGCAACACUGAUUGACAAUAAAUUUCACAUGCUGUUGUGCAAAUGGAAUAGACAACAGGUGGAAAUUAUAGGCAAUUAGCAAGACACCCCCAAUAAAGAAGUGGUUCUGCAGGUGGUGACCACAGACCACUUCUCAGUUCCAAUGCUUCCUGGCUGAUGUUUUGGUCACUUUUGAAUGCUGUCGGUGCUUUCACUCUAGUGGUAGCAUGAGACGGAGUCUACAACCCACACAAGUGGCUCAGGUAGUGCAGCUCAUCCAGGAUGGCACAUCAAUGCGAGCUGUGGCAAGAAGGUUUGCUGUGUCUGUCAGCGUAGUGUCCAGAGCAUGGAGGCGCUACCAGGAGACAGGCCAGUACAUCAGGAGAUGUGGAGGAGGCCGUAGGAGGGCAACAACCCAGCAGCAGGACCGCUACCUCCGCCUUUGUGCAAGGAGGAGCAGGAGGAGCACUGCCAGAGCCCUGCAAAAUGACCUCCAGCAGGCCACAAAUGUGCAUGUGUCUGCUCAAACGGUCAGAAACAGACUCCAUGAGGGUGGUAUGAGGGCCCGACGUCCACAGGUGGGGGUUGUACUUACAGCCCAACAACGUGCAGGACGUUUGGCAUUUGCCAGAGAACACCAAGAUUGGCAAAUUCACCACUGGCGCCCUGUGCUCUUCACAGAUGAAAGCAGGUUCACACUGAGCACGUGACAGACGUGACAGAGUCUGGAGACGCCGUGGAGAACGUUCUGCUGCCUGCAACAUCCUCCAGCAUGACCGGUUUGGCGGUGGGUCAGUCAUGGUGUGGGGUGGCAUUUCUUUGGGGGGGCCGCACAGCCCUCCAUGUGCUCGCCAGAGGUAGCCUGACUGCCAUUAGGUACCGAGAUGAGAUCCUCAGACCCCUUGUGAGACCAUAUGCUGGUGCGGUUGGCCCUGGGUUCCUCCUAAUGCAAGACAAUGCUAGACCUCAUGUGGCUGGAGUGUGUCAGCAGUUCCUGCAAGAGGAAGGAAUUGAUGCUAUGGACUAGCCCGCCCGUUCCCCAGACCUGAAUCCAAUUGAGCACAUCUUGGACAUCAUGUCUCGCUCCAUCCACCAACGCCACGUUGCACCACAGACUGUCCUGGAGUUGGCGGAUGCUUUAGUCCAGAUCUGGGAGGAGAUCCCUCAGGAGACCAUCCGCCACCUCAUCAGGAGCAUGCCCAGGCGUUGUAGGGAGGUCAUACAGGCACGUGGAGGCCACACACACUACUGAGCCUCAUUUUGACUUGUUUUAAGGACAUUGCAUCAAAGUUGGAUCAGCCUGUAGUGUGGUUUUCCUCUUUAAUUUUGAGGGUGACUCCAAAUCCAGACCAAAUCCAGAAUUUCAUUCAUUCAGAUCUAGGAUGUGUUAUUUUAGUGUUCCCUUUAUUUUUUUGAGCAGUGUAUAUAUACACUACCAUUCAAAAGUUUGGGGUCACUUAGAAAUGUCCUUGUUUUUUUGUCCAUUAAAAUAACAUCAAAUUGAUCGGAAAUACAGUGUAGACAUUGUUAAUGUUGUAAAUGGCUGUUGUAGCUGGAAACGGCUGAUUUGUAAUGGAACAUCUACAUAGGCAUGCAGAGGCCCAUUAUCAGCAACCAUUAGUCAUGUGUUCCAAUGGCACGUUGUGUUUGCUAAUCCACGUUUAUCAUUUUAAAAGGCUGAUUGAUCAUUAGAAAACCCUUUUGCAAAUAUGUUAGCACAGCUGGAAACUGCUGUGCUGAUUAAAGAAGCAAUAAAACUCGCCUUCUUGAGACUAGUUGAGUAUCUGGAGCAUCAGCAAUUGUGGUUUCGAUUACAGGAUCAAAAUGGCCAAAAACAAAUAACUUUCUUCUGAAACUCGUCAGUCUAUUCUUGUUCUGAGAAAUGAAGGCUAUUCCAUGCGAGAAAUUGCCAAGAAACUGAAGAUCUCGUACAAUGCUGUGUACUACUCCCUUCACAGAACAGCACAAACUGGCUCUAACGAGAAUAGAAAGAGGAGUGGGAGGCCCCGGUGCACAACUGAGCAAGAGGACAAAUACAUUAGAGUGUCUAGUUUGAGAAACAGACGCCUCACAGGUCCUCAACUGGCAGCUUCAUUAAAUAGUACCCGCAAACCAUCAGUCUCAAUGUCAACAGUGAAGAGGCGACUCCGGGAUGCUGACCUAGGCAGAGUUGCAAAGUCCAGUGUCUGUGUUCUUUUGCCCAUCUUAAUCUUUUAUUUUUAUUGGCCAGUCUGAGAUAUGGCUUUUUCUUUGCAACAGGACUGAUGGUUGCUGAUAAUGGGCCUCUGUACGCCUAUGUAGAUAUUCCAUUAAAAAUCAGCCGUUUCCAGCUACAAUAGCCAUUUACAACAUUAACAAUGUCUAUACUGUAUUUCUGAUCAAUUUGAUGUUAUUUUAAUGGACAAAAAAAUUGCUUUUCUUUCGAAAACAAGGACAUUUCUAAGUGACCCCAAACUUUUGAACGGUAGUGUAUAUGUGAUGUAUAGACAUUAUGGACAGUAUGUGGAUACGUAGGAUAGAAUAGUAUAUGUACAGCAAUAGUUUAAUUGUUAGUAACAUAAGACUGGCUAGUGAAUACUGAUUAUACAGUACUACACAAUUGGAGGCCACUGUAAUGCAAUGUUUCAGCUAACCACCUUCAUCAUCAUUGCUAACUACACUGUGAUGGGGUUUCCCUCCAGGGUUCUUCAUGGAGCCCACACUGUUUACAGACGUGGAGGAUCACAUGUUCAUCGCCAAAGAGGAGUCCUUUGGCCCCAUCAUGGUGGUGUCCAAGUUCAAGGACGGGUACAUCUCCUCAGUCUUUAGCGAUAGAGCCUUUCCUCAUCACAGACCCAAGUAAUAGACCUGUUUGUGGUUCUCAACCCUGACCAACGUCCUUUUUCUCCCCUUCUGACCUUCAGUGACAUAGAUGGCGUGCUAAACAGAGCCAACGACACCGAGUUCGGCCUGGCAUCCGGCGUGUUCACGCGUGACAUCAACAAGGCCAUGUACGUGAGCGAGAGGCUGGACGCCGGGACCGUGUUCGUCAACACUUACAACAAGACUGACGUUGCCUCGCCGUUCGGCGGUUUCAAACAGUCCGGCUUCGGCAAAGACCUUGGUGAGUCUGGGUUUAAUCAUGUAAUAAUUUAGGCAAGGGGUUUCAUGUUGAAUACUGUCAUAUUGGAAUGUGGAUUAUAUUGUAUACUGAUUUUUGUUGGUGGUCUGUCAUAAAUACAUUUCCAUUUAAUUUUCCAUUGUCUACCUUCCUUUUUCUUGAAGCAUAGUCCAGAGUUCAAAGAGAAUGGGCCUAGGAGCUUUGAAUAGCCUUGUGAGCCCAACAUGCUUGAUUUGAGUUUGACUGAUUAACUAUGCUUCUGUUCUGUCGGCAGGAGAGGAUGCUCUUAACGAAUACCUCAGGACCAAAGCAGUGACUGUGGAGUACUGAGGCAGCCUGCCCCUCCUAAUAAACUGUUACCACGACUGAUCAAUCAAUCCACCUGAUCACGACUCACCAGUCCGUCUCGAUCGGGAGUCCAACUUCUGCUUUGCUAACAGCAGGUGUGUGAGAGAGUAGACAUUUGAUGUGUAGCCUACCCUCUGCCACGACCUCGUCUCAAGGUGCCUACAGUUUUUUGCAUUCUGUUCGGGAACUUGCAUUAUGGACACAUCAUGGACACAGGCGGUUUUCCCCACAGUUACUAAAGGGAAAUCGCACAUAUCAAACACAGAGGUGGAUUUCAGUAUUCCGGAACCAGAGCCAAGGUGGAUUUGACUGGAUCAACCCCCCUUUACUUCGAGUUUUCAAGGUUUCGGUUCCUCCACUCAUCAUGAAAGAACAUUUAGCUUUUCAAAAGCUGAGCGCUUCAGGCAAUCUCCUCCUGCUCUGUAGAUGCUGUGUUUUUAGAAUCUUAUAUCUGACCCCUUUUAUUUACAGUCACACAUUUUAUGCAACAUUUCAUUUUAGCUCAAGCAUGCAAGUUCAGAUUUGUAUGUCAUUUCUGCUCAGCAAUGUAAGGUGCCACACUUGUGCUGAAGAUAUCCACAACUCCCUUAGUUAAAUUGGUGUUAUUUGUAAAUAUUUCAUAACAAAAUAAAAAAACGAAAUAAUUUGAUAUAUAUUUGACGUAUUCCUGUCAGUAAAGGAGCACUGUAGGUUACAACGCUAGAUAAUGCUUUUUUAAAGCACACCAACCUGAUUUACAUUUUUAAAGGGGCAAUCAGCAGUUGAAACAAUAA